CCAAUUAUGAACAUCUAGCAGAUUCUUAUUAAACUCUGGUCACACUGCUAGUUAAGUCUCAAACUCAAAUCCACAAAUCCAUCCAUCCCACAAUACCAAAUUCUAUUUCGUAUUCUUGCUAUUUCGAAUUUCAUUUGCAAAGAAAUUUACUCCGGAUUUAACAACCUCAAAUAUUUUCUAGUAUACUGUUAAAAAUUUACUGUGUAAUAUUCUCUUCAAAUAUUUCUUCGUAACAAGAAAACACAAAAAUGAGCAAGCAAGGAGAUAAGCCGAAAACAGCAGAAUUCCAUCUACUACCAAAGAUCAUCAAUGGCAGUAUCGCUGGUAUUGUGGGAGUAUCCGUGGUCUUCCCCAUUGAUUUGGUCAAGACUAGGCUGCAGAACCAGACCAUAGGGCCGAAUGGCGAAAAGCAAUAUUCCAGCAUGCUGGAUUGUUUCAAGAAGACGUACCGAGCGGAGGGCUACUUCGGCAUGUACCGGGGUUCUGGUGUCAACAUAUUACUUAUUACUCCAGAGAAGGCCAUCAAGUUAGCCGCCAACGAUCUCUUCAGAUUCUAUCUCACGAGACCUGAUGGAACAUUGCCGAUCGUGAACCAGAUGUUGGCGGGUGGUUUGGCUGGCGCCUGUCAGAUUGUCAUCACCACGCCCAUGGAACUGCUGAAGAUCCAGAUGCAAGACGCGGGCAGAGUGGCCGCGCAGGCGAAAGCAGAGGGUCGUAAAGUAGAGAGGUUGACCGCAACAGCGCUGACGAAGCGUCUGCUGGCGGAGCGCGGCAUCUUCGGUCUGUACCGCGGAGUGACCGCCACCGCCGCGCGAGAUGUCUCCUUCAGUGUCAUAUACUUCCCCAUGUUCGCUAUACUUAACGAUAUGGGCAUCAAAAACGGACAGGCACCGCCAUUCUGGUGGUCGUUCCUGGCUGGAUGCGCGGCUGGGUCCACUGCCGCGAUCUCUGUCAACCCCAUGGACGUGGUGAAGACUCGCAUGCAGACCAUCUCCAAGGGCAGCGGGGAGAAGCAGUACAACUCCAUCAUGGAUUGUGUCAUGACAACAUUGAAACAUGAGGGUAUAACAGCUUUCUUUAAGGGCGGCGCGUGCAGAAUGAUGGUGAUUGCUCCCUUGUUCGGUAUCGCUCAAACCAUCUAUUACAUUGGCAUAGCCGAAUAUCUGCUAGGUUAUAAAUAAAUAUAUUAAUCCUCUUGGUACGUCUCAACCAAGGUUACUUUGGCUGUAUACCCUGAUCUCUAUAAAUGGAUAGGCUAUUUUAAUUUAACGGCGACUGUUGACCUGACAUUUAAUACUAUCUCUAUUAUAAGUGCGAAUUCUUUUAUACUAACCGCAGUCGUCAGCGC